CCCCCCCGUGCCCACAUCUCCACGGUGGAUGCCAACGAGAGCGAGGAGGUUCGGCAGUUCCGGCGCCUCUUCACCCAGCUGGCCGGGGAGGACAUGGAGGUGAGCCCCACCGAGCUCAUGAACAUCCUCAACAGGGUCGUCACCCGCCAUCCCGACCUGAAGACGGACGGCUUCGGGCUGGACACCUGCCGCAGCAUGGUGGCCGUCAUGGACAGCGACACCACCGGGAAAUUGGGGUUUGAGGAGUUCAAGUACCUCUGGAACAACAUCAAGAAGUGGCAGUGCGUGUACAAACAAUUCGACACCGACCGCUCGGGGACCAUCGGGCCCCAGGAGCUGCCGGGGGCGUUUGAGGCCGCAGGUUUGGGG